CAAGGGCUAAGAUAUAUGAUAGACAAAUUAUGACAUCAACAACAAGGGUUGUUAUCAUUUAUGGUGAAAUGAACUCUACCCUAGAAGUCAGCUUUAGAAAAUGGAGAUAUUUAGGUGCACAGAAAAUCUGGAUCACAACCUCACAAUGGGAUGUCAUCACAAAUAAAAAAGAUGUCAGCCUUGAUUUCUUUCAUGGGACUGUCACUUUUGAACACCACCACAGUGAGAUUGCUAAAUUAAGGAAUUUUAUGCAAACAUUGAACACUUCCAAGUACCCAGUAGACAUUUCUCAGACUAUGGAGAAGUGGAAUUAUUUUAAUUGUUCAAUCUCCAAGAACAGCAAUAGCAAGAUGGAUCAUUUUACAUUCAACAAUACAGUGGAAUGGUUAGCACAGCACAAAUUUGACAUGGCCCUGAGUGAAGAAGGUUACAAUUUGUAUAAUGCUGUGUAUGCUGCGGCCCACACCUACCAUGAACUCAUUCUUCAAAAAGUAGAAUCUCAGCAAAUGGCAGGACCCAUAGGAGUAUUCACUGACUGUCAGCAGGUGGCUUCCAUGUUGAAAACUAGAGUAUUUACUAACCCUGUUGGAGAACUGGUGAACAUGAAUCAUAGGGAAAAUCAAUGUGCAGUGUAUGACAUUUUCAACAUUUGGAGUUUUCCACAAGGCCUUGGACUAAAAGUCAAAAUAGGAAGUUAUUUUCCUUGUUUUCCACAGAGCCAACAAUUUCAAAUAUCUGAAGACUUGGAAUGGGCCACAGGAGGAACAUCGGUUCCCACCUCCAUGUGUAGUGUGACCUGCAUUGCUGGAUUCAGGAAAAUUCAUCAGGAACAAACAGCAGACUGCUGCUUUGAUUGUGCCCAGUGCCCAGAAAAUGAGGUUUCCAAUGAGACAG